AUGGGAUUUGUUUAUAAUAGAUAUCAAAAAGAAAUGUAUAUAGAUGGACAUGAAAGAUCAGAUGUAAUUGGAUAUCAAAAACAAUUUCUUGAAGAAAUUAGCAUGUAUCAAAAUCUAAUGCCAACAUUUGAAGGUCAAGAAAAUUCAGUUCAUAUUAAUGAUUUUUUAACAGAUACUAUUGAAAAAUUAAAAUUAAAUGAUGAUCAAAUAAAAGAAGUUAGAGAUUUCAUGCAUUAUGAAGCACGUGUAAUGAUAAAUCCAGAUAAAAAUUUUGAUAGAUGA